UGUGAGCAUGCGCAGUGAAGAGGGCAGAUGUGUGGUGAGAGUGUUGGGACGCGGCCCGUCCUUCAGGUACUCGGCUGAACUUUCCGCUACCUCCGCCGACGCGCGCACCUCCUGGACCGGUCCGGUAAUGAGGUUGAGCUCCAGCCUCUGAGAUCAGCUUGUUUCCAUGGUGACGAUUCGACAACUUCUCUGAAUCCAGGUGUGAUUUAAAGUCCCCAUGUGACCUGCAGCUGUUCUAUGCUCUGAUUGGACAUCUGUCACUGGCCCAUCAUCAUGCAGCUGACCUAUGAGAAGCUGCCAGCUCAGCUGAGGCGGAGCUUCAGGCUCAGAAAGCUCACGGCCGUCUUGCUCGCCGCCUACACCGUCAGAAAGCUGUCUCCGUACAUCUGGAGGAGGCUGCAGGGGAGUGCAGAAGGUGGACUGAGGGGUGGUGCUAAAACACCUGUGGGUGUGGUCACCUGUGUGAAGGAAGAUGUAGAGAAAAAGAAGAAUGUCGGAAGGUCUCCAUCAGUCAACAGAGACUUUGUCCUCAGACUGUCUCACCUGUUGAAGCUCCUGUUUCCACGGUUACUGUGUAAAGAGCUCGGCCUGCUCACCCUGCACUCCAUCACCCUCAUGUCCAGGACCUUCCUGUCCAUCUACGUUGCUUCUUUAGAUGGUGUGAUAGUCAGGUGUAUCGUGCAGAAGGAUCCCCAAGCCUUCAUGCUGCAGCUCUCUAAGUGGCUCCUCGUUGCAGUUCCUGCAACUUUCAUCAACAGUGCCAUCAGAUUCCUGGAGGGUCAGCUGGCCCUCAGCUUCAGGAGCCGAUUGGUCGACCAUGCCUACAAGCUGUACUUCACCAAUCAGACUUAUUAUCGCGUCAGCAACAUGGACGGCCGUCUAUCCAACCCCGAUCAGUCUCUGACCGAGGACAUCGUCAUGUUUUCAGCCUCUGUCGCGCACCUGUACUCCAACCUUACCAAACCCAUCCUGGAUGUGAUCGUCACCUGCUACACAUUGCUGCGCACUGCCCACGCUAAAGGAACGACUUCCUCUGCAGGAGCCAACACCACCUGGCCCGCCGCCAUUGCUGGCCUGGUGGUUGCGCUCACCGCCAAGAUCCUGCGAUCUUGCUCACCGCACUUUGGAAAGUUGGUGGCCGAGGAGGCGAAAAGGAAAGGAGACUUGCGGUACAUGCACUCACGCAUAAUCACCAACUCCGAGGAGAUCGCCUUCUACAGUGGACACAAGGUAGAGAUGUCCCAGCUGCAUAGGAGCUAUUCAGCAUUGUGCUCUCAGAUCAAUCAGAUCCUUCUGAAACGUCUCUGGUACGUCAUGCUGGAACAGUUCCUGAUGAAGUACGUAUGGAGCGCCUCUGGACUGGUGAUGGUCGCCGUGCCGAUCAUUACUGCCACAGGAUAUUCCAAAUAUGACUCAGAGGAAGUGAAGCAGGCGGCCAUGUUGAUGAAGGAGGAGGAGCUUGUAAGUGAGCGGACGCAGGCCUUCACCAUAGCUCGGAACCUUCUGAAUGCUGCUGCCGAUGCUGUGGAGAGAAUUAUGAGCUCCUACAAGGAGGUGACGGAGUUAGCAGGUUACACGUCUCGGGUGUCUGACAUGUUGGACGUGUUCGACGACGUAAACCAGGGAGUCUACCGUCGGUCUGCAGACACAGACCAAUACUCAGCUGGAGGAGGAGGAGCGGCGGCGGCGGUCCACGGACAGAGAGUCUGCGGUCCGCUGCAGAUCAGAGGUCAUGUGUUGAGUGUGGAGAAGGGUAUUCGCUGUGAGAACCUGCCAAUCAUCACACCAACUGGAGAUGUGGUGGUUUCCAGCCUCAACAUCCAGGUGGAGGAUGGGAUGAACGUUCUGAUCACAGGUCCGAACGGCUGUGGAAAGAGUUCCCUAUUCAGGAUCCUCAGUGGACUCUGGCCCGUUUACGGAGGAGUUCUGUACCGUCCAGAGCCACAGAACAUGUUCUACAUCCCACAGAGACCCUACAUGUCAGAGGGGACCCUCAGAGACCAGGUCAUCUACCCAGACUCUGUGGAGGAGAUGGUUCUGAAGGGGAUCACAGAUUCGUACCUGGAGGAGAUUCUGCGCACAGUUCACCUGCUCUACAUUCUGGACAGAGAAGGAGGCUGGGAGGCGGUCAGCGACUGGAAGGAUGUCCUAUCAGGAGGGGAGAAGCAGAGGAUGGGGAUGGCCCGGAUGUUCUACCACCGCCCACGGUACGCCCUCCUGGACGAGUGUACCAGCGCCGUCAGCAUCGACGUGGAGGGACACAUCUUUCAGGCUGCAAAGGAUGCUGGGAUCGCUCUGCUGUCAAUCACUCACAGACCCUCGCUGUGGAAGUACCACUCGCACCUGCUGCAGUUUGACGGGGAAGGAGGAUGGAAGUUUGAACCUCUGGAUGCCUCCACCCGCAUCUCCCUGCAGGAGGAGAAGCAGCGUCUGGAGAACCAGCUGUCAGGGAUUCCCAAGAUGCAGCAGAGGCUGUCCGAGCUGCGCAUCCUGCUGGGGGAGGCCGAGCAGGAGGACGCAAAGGAGGAGGAGGCCAAGAAAGGGGGAGGGGUCAUAGUCUGAAGGCCACGCCUCCACCAGGGUCAACAGGUUGAUCCUGUGAAUUAAGUUUAUUAUCUUUUUGCUUUUAGGAUUUGAACCACUUCCUGUUUGAGCCACUGGGCUUGUUGGACCUGGACUCUAUGCAGCAACCCAUCUGGAACCAGGGACUGUGGUCCUUGAGUUGUGCUGCCGGUUAGAAGCUUCGUCCUGCUUCAGGCUGCGCCUGGACUGCGCCUGGACUGCACCGGAAAACAUAAAGCAUUGCGGGAGCAGCCAGAGCUACGAGCUGCAGCUUGUGGACCUGCCUCCAACGACAGAACUUGGUCCUGAUUGGUUUAACCUUUGGUUUUCUGACGGGACUUCCAUGUAAUGCUCCCAGUAAUAAAUUCGUUUCUGGGUUCUUAACAGGGUUUCUAUCAGUCUUGGUGUUUCAUGUUGCAGCUCAUCGCUAGUAAACCUGGACAGGCUGAUGUUCGGCUGCUUCGACGCAGCAUCGCAGCUCCAAGUUAUCACACCGAGAUCAAUAAGAGUUAUCACACCAAGACCGAUUCGAGUUAACGCGCCAAGACCGAUUCGAGUUAACGCGCCGAGACAGAUUCGAAUUAACUCGGCGAGAUCGAUUCAAGUUAACGUGCCGAGAUCGAUUUGAAUUAACUCGCCGAGAUCGAUGCGAGUUAAUGCGCCAAGGCCGAUUCGAGUUAACUCGCCAAGAUCGAUGCGAGUUAACUCGCCGAGAUCGAUGCGAGUUAACGCGCCAAGACCAAUUCGAGUUAACGCGCCGAGAUCGAUUCGAAUUAACUCGCCGAGAUCGAUGCGAGUUAACACGCCAAGGCCGAUUCGAGUUAACGCGCCGAGAUCGAUUCGAAUUAACUCGCCGAGAUCGAUGCGAGUUAACGCGCUGAGACCGAUUCGAGUUAACUUGCCGAGAUCGAUGCGAGUUAACGCGCCGAGACCAAUUCGAGUUAACACGCCGAGACCGAUUCGAGUUAACGUGCCGAGAUCGAUUCGAAUUAAUGCGCCGAGAUCGAUUCGAAUUAACUCGCCGAGAUCGAUGCGAGUUAACUCGCCGAGACCUAUUUGAGUUAACGCGCCGAGACCGAUUCGAGUUAACGCGCCGAGAUCGAUUCGAAUUAAUGCGCCGAGAUCGAUUCAAAUUAACUCGCCGAGAUCGAUGCGAGUUAACGCGCCGAGACCGAUUCGAGUUAACGCGCCGAGACCGAUUCGAGUUAACGCGCCGAGAUCGAUUCGAAUUAAUGCGCCGAGAUCGAUUCGAAUUAACUCGCCGAGAUCGAUGCGAGUUAACGCGCCGAGACCGAUUCGA